UGAACACGAAUCUGCCCCUGAUGUCAAAUUCAACUCUGUUGCACCACUUCCCUUGGGUGACGAAACUUCACACAAUUUUUGUUCUAAUAAAAGCAUGGAGGGAGCCAUUAAAACGCAAGUGAAUCAUGCUUGUGUUCCUAGUGCUCCCCCAUUGUUACUCGAAUCUUCUUUGGAGAUUAAUGAACAUGUUGUGGAGCAAAGUCCAAGUCGUGGUGCACAUGAAACAACUCACACACCAAGUUUGACUGCUCCCCUAAACACUAGUGUUUCAAGAACAGAAAUAAGUGUCUAUUCAGGCAGUGGUACAGUGAUCGAUACUAAUGAAAUUUCUCAGUCACCCAAAUUUCCAAUCAGGACUCAUGGUGGUGUGGAAGUAAAUGCACAUCCAGUUCCUUCACUGGUUCACCUGUCAGUAUGUAAUGCAAGAGAGCAGGGUACAUGGGGUGCUGUAAUUUCUUAUGAAGCAUGUGUUAGGCUCUGCCUUCAUGCAUGGGCUAACCACUAUUCCACUGAAGUUCACUGUUUCCUUGAGAAUGAAUGUGCACUGUUGCGUGAGGCAUUUGGUCUACAGAAUGUAUUAUUACAAUCAGAAGCUGAACUUUUGGCAAAAGGGUCUUCAAAGCUCUCAAGUGAGUCAGCUGCUCCAAAUCCUGUGAAAACUUCUGGCAAAAUAAAAUUGCAAGUUCGUAAAGUAAUAAUGGGUUUGGAUGAACCACCUGCCAGCUGCAGUUUUUCAUCUCUAAAAGAACCAAAGAUUAACAAAGACUCAAUUGGUAGACACAUCUCCAAUUUAAGGUCCAGUUUAUAUCCCUGGUUAAAAUCUGUAUGGAAGAAUUAUUUACCACCACGUGCCCCUGCAAAAUGUUCCUGCCGUCAGAGUUUGGAUUAUGUACAGACUAGAGCUAAACGUAUUAAAAAGGUACCCCGGCUCCUUAAAGAUGCGAGAAGUACUUUGUGCAAUCCAUCCUCAUCAUCACAUGAAACAUAUUCUUGCUUCUUGAGAUUGAGAAGCUCACCUGAAGAGGAUGCAGUCCGAAUGCAACCAGGAUCCAGCGAAGCCCAUUUCUUUUUUCCAGAUAGCCUUGGUGAUGAUUUAAUCAUAGCAGUUCAAGAUUCAAAAGGAAAGCAUUGUGGUCAUGCCCGAGCUCAAGUGUCUGCCAUAGCUGAUAAGCCAGGUGACAAGUUACGAUGGUGUCCUAUAUAUACCGAUCUAGAGCUUGAACCUGUUGGCAGAAUUCAGUUGUGCAUGGAGUAUUCCACAAAUCCAGAUGAAAAUCAUCAUCUUAAGUUUGGCUCCAUUGCAGAAACUGCAGCAUAUGACUAUGUCUUCGUAGCUGCAAUCAAAUUUCAACAUUUUCAGCAAAGAAGCUUCUUGAUAGAUGGCUCUUGGAAUUGGUUACUGACUGAAUUCGCAUCUUACUUUGGAGUAUCAGAGGCAUACACAAAAUUAAGACACCUUUCCUACAUUAUGGAUGUGGCAACACCGACCGAAGACUGUCUGACCAUAGUACAUGAUAUGCUAUCGGAGAUAUUGAUGAUGAAGGGAAAGAGCACAAAUCAGCUUAGUCCAUUGGAGAACCACAUGCUGGUGAAGAUUUUGGAUCAAGUAAACCAGAUUCUUGCUUUGGUUUUCGAGAAUUACAAGUCACUUGAAGAAGAUUCGCCGUCAGGGAUGAUGAAUGUUUCUAAACCUGCCAGUGGAUUGGCAGCACCAUCUUUGGGACCUGCAUUCCAGCUAUACUCCCUUCUGCAUGAUGUGUUGAGUCCCGAGGUACAAAUGAAACUCUGCAGAUAUUUUCGGGUUGCUGCAAAGAAGAGGUUAAGAGUGCACUUCAUGGAGACAGAUAAACUCAUUCUAAGCAGCAAUGAGGGAACACAGAAGGAUCCAGUCACUUCUUAUCAGAGGAUGAAUUCUCUGGUCUCGAGUAUCAGAAAUGAAAUUCUUACUGACAUAAGCAUCCAGAACCAGAACAUCCUCCCAAGUUUUGUAGACCUUCCAAAUAUUUCUUCAUCCAUAUAUAACGUUGAGCUCUGCAGUAGAUUGGGUGCUUUCCUUGUUGCAUGUCCUCCUCCAGGCUUAUCACCUCCGGUUGCAGAACUUAUUAUUGCAACAGCCGAAUUUCAAAAGGAUCUUUCCUUGUGGAACAUCGAUCCUGUAGUCGAUGGAGUUAAUGCUAAAGAAUUGUUUCACUCGCAUAUAGUUUCAUGGAUUCGAAACAAGCAUUGUACUUUGCUUGACAGGUGCAAACUAGAUAAGGAAAACUGGUCUGGUAAAGAAAAACAGAAUGAAACAACUCCUUUUAUUCAUGCUAUUUACAACCAGCUGAUGGAGACGCUCCAUGAAUAUGAGAUCAUCAGUUCUCACUUGCCGAUGUAUACAGCUGCUUUGGAGAAUGCUAUUGCAGAUGUUGAGAAGGCAGUUGCUAAAACUCUGGAAAAACGCUAUGCUAAUGUUUUAUCCCCACUGAAAGACAAUCUGAGAAACAAAAUACUAGGCAAUAAGUAUGUCAAAAAAUUAUCCAGUCAAACCAUUGAGACUUAUUAUGUCCCAGCCGAGGUAGGAAUUGUUUUCAACUCCAUGAAGUGCAUGCUAGAUGUCAUGUGGCCGAACAUAGAAGCUAAGUUUGAGUCUUGGAUGCCUUGGAUCGCUGAUGAUGGAUACACCAGGGGAGAACAUCUCAAUGAUGUAAUUGUACUCCUGAGAACCAAAUAUAGAAAUUACCGACGAGCAAUUGUGGAGAAGCUUGCAAAGAAUGCUAGAGUCCAGGCAGCAACAAAGUUGAAGAACAUUAUGCGAGACUCAAAGGAAGUGGAAUCAGAGGUCCGAAGUAGAAUGCAGCCUUUAGAGGAUCUUUUGCGAAAGGAAAUAGAUAAUCUCAGUACUGUCGCCAAUCCUACUGUGUGCGUAGAACUCUGCCAGGAAUUUUGGGACAGGACAGGACAGGAUGUCCUGCGUCUCUUGGAAUAUAGGAGGAGCAGAUCCUGGUACAAAGGCCUACGUGUCGCAGUUUCUAUCCUGGAUGACAUAUUUGGCUCGGAAAUGCAAAGACUGUGCAGGACUUCAUUGAAAGAAAAAGACAUGGCGCCACCCGAAUCAAUAAAGGAAGUACAUUCCAUUCUUGAUCAUGGUGCUACAAUUUAACAGGGAGAGAACUAAGAGACAACACAAGCAUAUAGGUUCAAUUUUUUCUAUGCACUGAAUUAAGAGACAACACGAUCAUAUAGAAGGUCAGAAGCAGGAUGAAAAAGACAACACAAACGCACAUAGUUUUCCAUGAGGGAUUCUCAGCCCGCAUGUUUUCAAUUUGAGUCAAUCUAUUGUAGGUUUAAACUGAAAAUCUAGUGUAUAGUUAAUUGAUCUUAGUAAACUAAAUGAAAUGUAUUUCUCAUUGAUCGAUGAAGGUUCAAACUCCAUACUUGUAUAAAGAUUACCAAUUACACCAACGAAAUCAACCAAGAAUUCAAUCUACAAUUUAUCUUGAUUCAACUAUCUUGGUUC